UGGUCACGCACUAUGGCUCAUAUGCAGUCCUUAUCUUUGUGCGACGCUACACAGCUAUGUACAUACGGUACUGUAUGUACAAAGUUCCAAGGAUGCGAACUAAAGAUCGGAGGCACCUGAGAUAAGGGAAAAGGGAAAACUCGAAGCCACCACCAACUCGAUUGAAACAGACUUCCAGCUGACUCCGACUCUGACCACCUUUCUAGUUAGCCUAUGGAUGUACCACCUGAUCAAAGCUGACUUCGAUGUUCUUCUCUUUAACCUUAAUCUCGAAGUCUCAACUGCCCGACAGUUUCUCAUCUCUUCAAUUACUAUUUCUUUCAUUCUAACCUAUCCCGACCAUGGAGGCGAACAUCCUCGACAUGACGUUCACAAAUAACCUUUCCACCCACGAAAUUCUAUCAGGGAUCUUCGGCAGCAUCAGUUUGACAGCAUGGAUCUGCUUACUCCUUCCUCAACUUAUCACCAACUACCGAGCCCAGAGCGCUGAGGGGCUGUCUAUGAUAUUUCUAGCAGUCUGGCUUUUCGGAGACAUCUCAAACCUGUCAGGUGCUCUCGUGACCGGACUCGCGCCCACAGCAACAGCACUGGCAGGUUACUUCUGCAUUUCCGACGUCAUCCUCAUCACCCAAUCCCUCUAUUACAACGUCCUUAACGCCCGCAAGUCCCGCAAGGCCCGCGAGCGAACCCGGUCGACCCAAUCUGAGGCCUCGGAGGACGAGCCCUUGCUGCAACCGCGCCGCAGAUCGUCAAGCGGCCUCCCGGGCUCGCACCGCCGUCACUCGAUCCACCGCACGGAGUCCGGCUUCGCCCCUAUCAAGAGGAUCGUCACGGGCGAGGAUGAGACUCCCGACAGCAACCCUUGGUUCCACAACGCCCUAAGCGUUGCAGCCAUCUGGAUCGUUGGUGCCGCUGGCUGGUUUGUGUCGUACAGGAUGGGUGCUUGGGAUAAGGGAGACACUCCUGAGGAACCCAGUGCCGAAACGCCGGUAGCUAUACUGGGACUAGUUCUAGGAUAUGCAAGUGCCAUAUGCUACCUAUGUGCCCGUAUCCCCCAGAUCAUCAAAAACUACCGAGAGAAGUCUUGCGAGGGCCUUGCCCUCCUUUUCUUCCUACUAUCUCUAACCGGCAACCUUACCUAUGGCCUAAGCGUCUUCACCUACUCACCCGACCCGGCCUACAUCAUCAAGGCCAUCCCAUGGCUCCUCGGGUCCUUGGGCACCAUCGUCGAGGAUUGCGUCAUCUUUUACCAGUUUAGAAUCUACUCGGGAAAUGCGGCAGCGAAGAGGAAUGCUACUGAGGAAACGGCAUAGGAGCGGCGAUUUGGUAGGCAGCCUUACGAGUUGGCGUAUCGAUUGGAGGAUUUAUACAUGUAUUGAGGUCACCAUGGCGGUUGCAUUUACGGCGUUUUUGCAUCGGAGUUUUACACUGCAUCCAGUUAGUAUCUCCGACUAGGGAUACUUACAUCUGGGCUUCAUAUCGUUGGGAUGGAUACUAGUGCAUCAAAAGUCAACACGUUCGGCCGUCUUCUUCUCAUCUCAAAGAAGUCUUUGGGUUUGUGUUCUGUGGCGGACUGUUACACGCCUUAGAGGUCUAUUCGCAUGGGCAUAGUUGUUUCCUAUACAGAGGAAUGCUCAUAAGACGGCUAGAGGCUAUCAUCCAUAGACUCAUAAUAGAAAGAUCGAGAAUAUGUGGAUUGAGAUAGGUCCUUCUCUAUGAAUAAAAGAUGAUAUAAUUACA